UCGACGUCGGGUUCGGGUGUGCAGAUCAUUCGUGCUAUAUAUCUACGUAUUCUUGUUUUCCGUGCAAAUAAAAAACAACCGUUUGUGAUCGUGCGACUAAAAAUGAGCGGAAGCAAGGAGCGCGACGAUCUGGAGGAUCAGGAGGAGGAUCAGGCGGGCAAGAAGAUGGAGAUCCUGCUGGAGCUGAACCUCAAGCAGAAAUUGGCCACCCGGCUGGGAACGCUUCUGCUGGCCACGCUGAUCUUUGCCAGCUUUUGCUGGGACAAUGCGGUGGCCAGUUUGACCCUGGGAGCAGUUGUAGCCCUCCUGCUGCGGAAUCCCACCUUUGUCUUUGGCCUGGUGAUGACCACCACAAGGGACUUGAAGGCCCUCCAGCGCUUUGUGGCCCUCAAUAUCUACCUGCUGAGAAGGGAUCGCAGGGGAUUCACCGUGGCCCGAUGUUUCCAGGAACAGGCCAGAUCUCGGCCCAAGAAAGCCUGCUUUGUGAUGGACGAUCGCAGUCUAAGUUUUGCCGAAGCCCUGGAAGUCAGCCAAAGAAUCGCUGGUUACUUCAAGGAUCGUGGCCUCGAAAAGGGCGAUUGUGUGGCCCUGCUGAUGGAGACCCGUCUGGAGUAUCCCUGCAUUUGGUUGGGUCUCUCUCAGCUGGGAGUGAUCACCGCCCUGAUAAACUCCAAUUUAAAAGGAGAUUCUCUGCUGCACUCCAUCAAAGUGGCCAAUGCCAAGGCCUUGAUUGUGGGCAGUGAACUGCUGGAUGUGCUUAAGUCACUAGGAGAACAGGAAGCUCUACAAGAUUUGCCCAUCUAUCAGUACACCGAUGACGAGCUAAGGAAGGUUCCCGGACAUGAUCUUGUCCCGGGAGCUGUGGAUCUAGCCAGUGCCUUGAAGACUCAGAAGAAACUGGAGCUAUCAGCUAAAGCCUCGCCCGAGGAAGCUCGCUCCAAGUUGCUCUAUGUCUACACCUCUGGAACUACGGGUCUGCCGAAAGCUGCUGUGAUCACCAACCUGCGGUUCCUCUUCAUGUCCGCCGGGUCCUUCUAUAUGCUCAGGAUGUUCAGCGACGAUGUGGUCUACAAUCCCCUACCCCUUUAUCAUACCGCUGGCGGAAUUGUGGGAGUGGGCAAUGCCAUACUCAACGGAUCCACGGUGGUGCUGCGGAAGAAGUUUUCGGCCAGGAAUUUCUGGCUGGAUUGCCAACGCCAUAACUGCACUGCAGCCCAAUAUAUCGGGGAAUUGUGUCGCUAUCUUUUGGCCACUCCUUAUAGCCCCGAUCAGCAAAAGCACAACCUACGUCUGAUGUACGGAAAUGGUCUGAGGCCGCAGAUCUGGUCGCAGUUUGUCCGUCGGUUCGGCAUUCCGCAUAUUGGAGAGAUCUACGGGGCCACCGAGGGAAACUCGAAUCUGAUCAACAUCUCCAACCGAGUGGGAGCCAUUGGCUUUGUGCCAGUCUACGGAUCCCGCCUCUAUCCCGUCCAAGUGCUGCGAUGCGAUGAGCAGACGGGUGAGCUGCUCAAGGACUCGCAGGGCCACUGCAUCAGGUGUCAGCCUGGUCAGGCGGGUCUCCUGGUGGGCAAAGUAGAUGCCCGGCGGGCGGUGAGUGCCUUCCAUGGAUACGCGGAUAAGGGAGCCUCGGAGCAAAAGCUCCUGCGAAAUGUCUUCACCACCGGCGACGUCUUUUUCAACUCGGGUGACAUGGUGGUGAGGGAUAUUUUGGGAUACUUUUAUUUCAAGGAUCGCACCGGAGACACCUUCCGCUGGCGGGGCGAGAAUGUGGCCACCCAGGAGGUGGAGGCUAUCAUCACGAACUGUAUUGGUCUCGAGGAUUGCGUGGUAUAUGGGGUACAGAUUCCCCAUGUGGAGGGCAAGGCGGGCAUGGCGGCGAUUGUGGAUCCCGAUCGCAAGGUGGACAUGGAUUACCUAUCCAUUGUUUUGAGGGGCAGUCUACCGCCCUACGCCCGACCCCUGUUCAUCCGACUGCUGGACGAGAUUCCGCGCACUGCCACCUUCAAGCUGAAGAAACGGGAGUUGGCCCAGGAGGGUUACGACAUCAGAGCCCUAAGUGAUCCCAUAUACUAUCUUAAUCGGGAUGGGAUCUACAGAACUCUCAGCCAGGAGCAGUACGAGUCCUUGCGAACGGGAAAGGCGGGACUAUAACACUCCCAAUAACGAUUCCAGCCACCUUUUUGUAUAUAUACAGCUAAACGUUUGUCUGUCUGUCCCAAUGUAUUUUUUUAACGCUUAAACAACGACUGAUACCGAAAUACCAAAAUACCGAAAUACUUA